AUGAAUCACGGCGUGAGUCAGCGGCGCAUGUGUCGCACUGAAUGCUGCCCCCAGAACCCGGAGAACCCAGCUGCUACAUCAGAGACUAAAGCCUUAUCUGGGAACUCUGUGGCCUCUGCACCUCCCUCUGCACCUCCCUCUGUGGCCUCUGCACCUCCCUCUGUGGCCUCUGCACCUCCCUCUGCCCUCCUCUGCACCUCCCUCUGCCCUCCUCUGCACCUCCCUCUGCCCUCCUCUGCACCUCCCUCUGUGGCCUCUGCACCUCCCUCUGCCCUCCUCUUCACCUCCCUCUGCCCUCCUCUGCACCUCCCUCUGUGGCCUCUGCACCUCCCUCUGCCCUCCUCUUCACCUCCCUCUGCCCUCCUCUGCACCUCCCUCUGUGGCCUCUGCACCUCCCUCUGCCCUCCUCUUCACCUCCCUCUGCCCUCCUCUGCACCUCCCUCUGUGGCCUCUGCACCUCCCUCUGCCCUCCUCUGCACCUCCCUCUGUGGCCUCUACACCUCCCUCUGCCCUCCUUUGCACCUCUCUCUGUGGCCUCUGCACCUCCCUCUGCCCUCCUCUGCACCUCCCUCUGUGGCCUCUUCACCUCCCUCUGCCCUCCUCUGCACCUCCCUCUGUGGCCUCUUCACCUCCCUCUGCACCUCCCUCUGCCCUCCUCUUCACCUCCCUCUGCACCUCCCACUGCCCUCCUCUGCACCUCCCUCUGUGGCCUCUUCAUCUCCCUCUGCCCUCCUCUGCACCUCCCUCUGUGGCCUCUGCACCUCCCUCUGCACUCCUCUGCACCUCCCUCUGCACCUCCCUCUGCACCUCCCACUGCCCUCACAGCAGGGGGCGCUGUGUUUCCACCUGUGCUCCUCACAUCCACCAUCUCAUCCUAAAGGUGCUGACCGGGAGGCCGAGGAGCGCCCGGGGAAAAGCAACGUGGUGUGUGGAAAAUAG